CGUGUCUCCGUGAGGGGAAAGGCGGCGGAGAGUGUCAUGGCGGCGCGUCUCCCCCUCAGGCUUCUGGGCCUGGCCUUCGCCGCCCUCUGCUUGGUCGCCACAGGCGUCGGAGGGCAGAAGAAGAAGGAGAUGGUGCUUUCGGAAAAAGUGAACCAGUUAAUGGAGUGGACGAGCAAAAGGUCCGUCAUUCGUCUCAAUGGUGACAAGUUCCGUCGUCUGGUGAAGGCGCCACCGAGAAACUACUCUGUGAUUAUCAUGUUCACUGCGCUUCAGCCUCACCGACAAUGUGUUGUGUGCAAGCAAGCUGAUGAAGAAUACCAGAUUCUGGCCAACUCCUGGCGAUACUCAAGUGCAUUUACCAACAGGAUCUUCUUUGCCAUGGUUGAUUUCGAUGAAGGCUCUGAUGUCUUUCAGAUGCUGAACAUGAACUCUGCUCCAACAUUCAUUAACUUCCCGGCGAAAGGAAAACCAAAAAGAGGGGACACGUAUGAGCUGCAGGUGCGAGGUUUUGCUGCAGAACAGCUGGCCCGCUGGGUGGCUGAUCGGACCGACGUCCAUAUCCGAGUGAUAAGGCCUCCGAACUACGCUGGGCCCUUGAUGCUGGGCCUGCUGCUGGCAGUCAUUGGUGGCCUGGUGUACUUAAGGAGAAGCAACCUGGAUUUUCUGCAUAACAAGACCGGAUGGGCGUUAGCUGCGUUGUGCUUCGUUCUAGCCAUGACUUCGGGGCAAAUGUGGAACCACAUCCGAGGGCCGCCCUAUGCGCAUAAGAAUCCUCACACAGGCCAAGUGAACUAUAUCCACGGAAGCAGCCAGGCUCAGUUUGUGGCCGAAACACACAUUGUUCUCUUGUUCAAUGCUGGUGUGACCCUGGGGAUAGUGCUCUUACAUGAAGCAGCAACGUCUGACUUGGAAGUGGGGAAGAGAAAAAUAAUCUGUAUGGCUGGGAUUGGUCUGGUCGUGGUGUUCUUCAGCUGGCUGCUCUCCAUAUUUAGAUCAAAAUACCAUGGCUAUCCAUACAGCUUCCUCAUGAGUUAAGGGACGUUGGAGCUGCGCUCUUCCCUCGGCAUGGACCAGAAGCGUUCAGUAUGUGGAUCAUGCUACCUCUACUUGAAAUUAACGAAAUUGUUGCACACGAAACCAAAGAUGUCUAGUGCCUUGAAGAAAAAAAGAGUUUGCCCUGAAAGCCCUAGAGAUAUUACGCCGUGUUGCCAUCCUCAGUUGAUUUGGGGUCGUUUAGAAUUGUUAGUUUUUAAAGAAGUCACACCUUUCCUAUAAUUCUCAUGCCGCAACCCCAAGAGCCUUCUCAGGCUCCUGUUCCUCCAGAAAAAAAUAAUAUAUCCUGAUUUGACAGCUCUACGGAUCACCGUGCUUUCCCACUUUCUCUAGGAUUGAGGAGGGAACUGCUGGAUAGAGCUUGCUUUCCCAAUGGCAGGGGGCUCAGAAACCUUGGAACGUCACGCAAUCCCUUUGGUCUCAUAUUGCUGCUUUUCUAGCAGCCCUGGUGACCAUUUUCCUCCCAUCCGAUAUCCCUUGUUGUUGGGUUUGGCACAUUCUAAUGGUUAAGGUUACGUUUGGGUGCAACAGGCUUCAGAGCAAGGCCGCUUUCGGGGAGAGGGGACACCCCAAAAGAGGAAUAGGUGUUGUACAAAAAGCCUACCUUCCACAUUUUUAUUUUAGCCAGCAAAGUUUAAGGGUUGUUGUAGGUUUUUCCGGGCUUUAUGGCCAUGUUCUGGAGGCAUUUUCUCCUGACGUUUCGCCUGCAUCCCGCAAGGCUCCAUUCUGUCUCUCAUGCUUUUUAACAUCUACAUGAAACCGCUGGGAGAGGUCAUCCGGAGUUUUGGAGUUGGGUGCCAUCUCUAUGCAGAUGACACACAACUCUACUACUCCUUUCCACCUAACUCCAAGGCAGGCUCUGUCGUGGCUCCGGUCCUUCCUAGAGGGUCGAUCCUCAGAGGUAGUGACGUCUAUUGGAAGUGGGAAAAUGGGUUUAUAUA